AUGACAAUACCCUCCUCAAUCUCCGGAAAAGUCACGCACCGGAAGAUAAGACCACAUAAAAAAUCACGUAGUGGUUGUGGAAACUGUAAGUUGAGAAAAGUCAAGUGCGAUGAGGAUAGACCCAAGUGUAAACGGUGUACAGAAUUUAAUGUUCUCUGCAAUUACGACAACCAAACUUCAGCACUUCAACUACUUGAGAAGUCUUUUACCUUCGAGACUCUCCAGCACAGACUUCCCUAUUCAUUAAAUCAAACAGUCCCAAGCUUUAUUAGUUCGCGGCUGAAGACUCCCGGAAAGAUUGACGUAUACGAUUUGAGCGACCAAGAACAUUUGGAGUUAUUGAACAAAUUUCAAACGAGAACUGUUUACUCUAUAACAACGAGUAGGAACCUUCAAAUAUAUCAAAAUGAGUUUAUCAAGCUAUCGUGUCUGCAUCCAUACUUGAUGCACGCUCUACUCACAUUUACGCUAAUGCAUGACCGACACAUCUCUAUUGAGCACAGUAUAAGAAUGUCUUCUCGGGAAUCUUUUCAUUGGUGUCAAAGUGUAUCAUUAUUCAGCAAAAAAUUGGCAUCCGGAUCAAUCGAAUCUUCAUCAGAACGCGAUGCUUUAUGGGCAACUUCCGUUCUUCUUGGUAUAAUUGCAUUUUGCAAUAUUGAAGCAGCGAGUCCAGAAGAAGCUUGGCCUUUGAAACCACCUUCAUCUCUAGAUCUGAAUUGGUUAACGAUGAGCUAUGGGAAGUCUGAAAUUUGGAAAUUGGGUCUGGACCAAAAUGCGAGCGCAUUUAAGACAUUGAUGGCGCCGUCUUUUGAAACGAUAUCACAAUCCUCGCACAUUCGUCUUGAGACAUUGCCCCAAGCUUUCGUCAUCCUUUUGAAUUUGCAUCCCAGUUCCGGAUCACAUGAUAACCCCUAUCAUCUUGCUGCAACUUUAUUAUCGGAUAUCAUCGAUCUUGAUGAUCCCAUUACCGUAAUUCUGAAGUUUUGGACCUUUAUCAGCAGUAUGCAUCCGCAAUACAAAAGAUUACUCUUACAAAAAGAACCUCGCGCUCUCUUGUUGCAAGCUUAUUGGUUUGGGAAAGUUUGUCAAUUUCCACAUUGGUGGAUUUGGAGGCGUGUAUCACUGGAAUGUCAGGCUAUCUGCAUAUAUUUGGAAACUUUCCACAGAUAUGAGUCGGAUAUUCAGACACUGCUGGUCUACCCAAAGAUGAUGUCUGGGCUGAAUUAUUACUGA